CAUCCUCAUCUGUCAUCUAUCUCUAUGAUCAGACGUAUGGCUUCAUUGAACAAUUGUCAGUUGAGCCUCGUAGGCUUCAUUGACAGUUGUAUAUAUUUGUCUGCAAUCACAAUUAGCGGUUUUAAUUACGAUUUUAAAUAAUUUUAUUCUUUGUGUUUGUAUAUUCUAUUUCACUAUGCCUGUUAGAGCGGCAGGAUUCAUAAUAUUUCGGAGAUUGAAAAAUAUAGAAUUUUUACUAAUGCAAACAUCAUAUGGUAUUAACCAUUGGACGCCACCUAAAGGGCAUGUGGAUGGUGAUGAAACUGAUUAUGAAGCAGCACUCAGAGAAACUAAAGAAGAAGCAGGUUUCGAUGAAGAGGAUUUAAAAAUAUAUACAGAUUUUAAAAAAGAACUUAAGUACAAUGUCAAUGGAAAGCCAAAGGUUGUAACGUAUUGGCUAGCUGAACUCGUAAGAAACGACACUCCUGUUGAACUCUCAUCUGAACAUCAAGAUUUCAAAUGGCUGGAAUUGACUGAAGCUUGUCAGCUUGCAGGUUACCAAGACAUGUCCAACCUUCUGGCUGAAAGCCACAAAUUUAUUACUGCAAUGUAAUUGUAAAGAAAUAAUGUAUUGCUAUAAGAGUAUUUAUUAUAAUUAAUAAUUUUAAAAAUAAAAUACUUUAAAUUAAAA